UGUUUUGAGUUAGAGAUGAAAGUUAAAAAUACUAAAUUAAAUAUCCUUAAUUUUUAAAUUGUGCAGUUAGUUUAAUUAACACGAACUAUGACUAUUAUUAGUUAACUUCUGAACGUUUAAUGGUAAUUAAGUCAUAUCAAAGCUGAAUCACUAACACGAACAAAUGCUUUUGAGAUUGUUCUUUUGAGGGGUCGUAAGAGAUGUCGUCAAAUAAUAAAAGCUGAGUCGCAUACAAUGAAUAAAUAGUAAACGAACAUACAGUGUUUCUGAGAUUGUUCUUGUGAGGUAUUAAAUUGGCUCUUAAGACAUGUCGUCAUCCAACAUUCGCCGCAUCGUGAUCGCGCUUUCCGGCGGUGUCGACUCGGCCGUGGCGGCGGCUCUGCUGCAAAAGCGCUACGGUCCCCACAAGGUCGACCUGAUCGGAGUGCACAUGCAGAACUGGGACGAGCAGGACGAGUCCGGUCAGUGUCGAAAGGUGCGAGACCAAGAUGCUCGAGAUGCUCGAGAAGCCUGCGACAUUUUGGGAAUACCUUUCACGACGGUCUCUUUCGUCAAGGAUUAUUGGAACGACGUGUUUUCCACCCUUUUGUCCGACUACGAACGUGGUUUCACCCCAAAUCCGGACAUUCUUUGCAACCGCUACUUGAAAUUCGGGUCCUUUUUCAACUACGCGAAACGAGUCUGGGGAGCGGACUGCAUCGCGACGGGUCACUACGCUCAAACCGACGCCGACGACGACGUGGUGGAAAUGGGGGGCAGGGGACGAGUUCGACUCCUCCGUGCUCUUGACGCCACGAAAGACCAGACCCUUUUUCUCAGCGGGAUUCACCAGGAGGCGUUGCAAGCCACGCUGUUUCCGUUGGGCGACAUGUACAAGUCGCAGGUGCGGCGACUAGCGAAUGAAUUCGGGAUGGAGACCCUGGCCAAGAAAAGGGACUCGGUCGGAAUCUGUUUUAUCGGGAACCGAUCCUUCACCGAUUUCAUUUCUGAAUACAUCCCUCAUCGGCCGGGACCCUUCAUCGAUUUGAUUAAGGGACACGUGAUCGGAUCGCACAACGGCGUCCACCACUACACGAUUGGGCAGCGGUGUCGAAUUGCGGGGGGGAAGCACCCCUGGUUCGUGGCCGCGAGGGACCCCGCCUCCCAGACGAUUUACGCCGUUGACGACCACGACCAUCCCGCCCUCUUCUCGAGCGUCUUCCUGGCCGAGGAGCCCCACUGGAUUUGCGACGUCCCCACUUUACGAGAAGACGAACCCUUCCUGUGCAUGUUCAAAUUCCAACACACGGAGUGGACCACGCCCGCCCUGCUGUACAAAGUGUCCCCCUCGUCGUCGUCGUCCGCCCCCUCGUCGACGGUGGCGCUCAAAGUGUGGCUGUCCAUCCCCACUCGCGCCGUGACGCCCGGACAGGUGGCCGUCUUUUACAAGGGGAACGUUUGUCUGGGCAGCGCCAAGAUCCUCUGGGUCGACGUCCUCUCGCAAAUCGGGCUCAACCCACCCUUCCCCAUGGACCAAGAACUACUACGCCCCCCUCCUCCACAAAACCCUCCUUAUAAAUCUAGUCAAGAUUACGAAUAUGCAAAUCAUCUCAAGAUUCCUCCGCAACGCCAAAUUUUAUGAUGCUCAUUAUUUUUACUCGUAGUCUGAUCUGACAUUUCUACUUAUUGUGUAACGAAAAUUAAAUAAAGACAGGAUUUAAAUGAUGA